AUGUCACUUGCAGCUAUCAAGCUGAUCCAUGAUGACAUGAUGGAUUUAUUUUCAAAUAACGUACAGGAUCUAGUUCUUUCACCUAUUCCUAACCUAGUUAAAGAUGGCGUGACGUUGUCUUCUAUCAAUCCUUUAUCAGCUCCAGACUCCGUCCAAUUUCAUGAUGCCUUGAGGAGGUUUGUGCCCAGAAGUCGAAACAUCGAAGAAGACUCUCGAUAUCUCAAUGCUUCACUACAAAUUUAUCAGGCUCUGAGCCUUGCGUGUUGGAGCAUUGGUGGGAAGGAAUUUGAUUAUUACCGUCAGCUUUUAAAACCCCUCGGACUCGUAGACUUCACGAACUCUCGGAAGUCUGUCUUUAUGAAUGGUGCACUGAGAUUCUCUUCACACAGACCAGCAGCCUUAUUAGAAAUCUUGAUUGCUAGGAUGAAUCGUGAUACGAAGAAGAUCGAACACUCGUUGCAAAAGCUCCUCAAAACCUGUGGUGCAUGUUCAUCACAAGACAAAUAUGAGGUUAUCCUCUUGGCGGCAACAGCUGGAGUAGAUCCAAAUCUUUAUAUUCCAAAGGUAAAAGGACUUGAAUGCAAGGACCUCGCAGAAUGUAUUCAAGAUGCAGCCAAAGAGCAGAUCUUCUUAGCCAAGGCUGGUUCGACUGUUCAUUCAAGGAGAGUACUGUCUACCCGAAUAUUGAUUUUGGGAUACGUAGUUUCUAUACUUGCUAUUGCUUAG